UUUUAAUGGCUUUUUAUCUUUUUUAUUAUUAUUGUAUUGUAGUUAAAUAAAAAAUGUCAAAUCAACAAAAGCAACGAGAUGCAUUCAGCUUAACAUCUAUAUACCAAGCUCUUCAAAACCCAAAAUCGACAAUUGCAACUCGUUCGAUGACCAAUCUUCAAAAUGCUUCAAUAAAGGAAAUCGAUUAUACCCUACGAAAAAUUCACAGUUACGUUAAGCAUAAAAAAGAACAGUGGCCAGAACGAAGAUUGGUACGAUGUCUUGAUUAUAUCUUUAUUUAUAGUGUAAAACCACAGUUGGAAGAACGAAUGCAACUGCCUUCAUUUAAAGCCAAUGUGCGAUGGAUUCUUGACAUGUUGCAAAAUACAACAAGCGAUCAACAGCAAGAUGUUGAGACUGUGAUGACAUUACAACUACAGUCUGCUAUAAAAUUUUUUUGCGGCUUGUCCGAAUCAGUCUCUUCUCAACUCUCUCCAGACUCUUCAGCAUUAAUAAGUUUUAAGGCAGAUAUAAAGCAUCGAGAAGGCAUUCAAUCCUUAUUGAUAUUGUCCCAGUCAUCCAUACAAUCGAUUCGUAUUUACUGUAUACGUGCCUUGAUGGCUCAAUUAAAGUACUUUACUAAAGAAAUGACCAACUUGAAUACCUUUGAGAUUUUAUCUCGGUUACUUCUAGAGAUACCCAGUUUAUUAAAUACAAUAUCAAUACGACCACCUGUUACUGAUAUUGCCCAGAGGCGUGUUGAAUUAGAUCAUAGUAUAAUGGCAUGUCGUUUAUUAGAAUCUAUAUUUAAAUAUGAGCCUCUAUCGCAGCCCUCAGAAAGUAGAUUAGCCUUUGCAGAAUCAGAUAUGUUUCAACAACUUGUAAACGUUUGGCAAGCAGCCUGUCAUUACGACUAUCAAUCAGGACUUGUCAUAGCAUUAGACGAUGAAGGAUUAAAACAGACUAAUAAAACAAGCAUAAAAAAUUUAAGUGCACUCGUUUAUUCACUCACAAUCAUUAUACAAAGAUGUACUCAUGUUUCAAAGAAAGCUGCAAGCUGCGUUGCCGAGGCGCAAAUAAGAGCAAAAUGGCAACCUUUACUUGCACUUUGUAUGCAAACCUGGAUCUGUGGUACCUGCUGCAUAACAACAACAACAACAACAAGGAAUUCAUUUACACCUGCUAUGCUGGAUAAAGAAAAAAGUAUAAUGAAAAAAUUGAUACAAAUCUCAUUAGAUAUUGUAUCUGUACUUCAAUGUCAUAUGCAUUGGUUGGCGUACGUUGAUCAAAUGAUUUUGGAUUUGACAAAUUUUGUUAUGUCCUAUGUCUCGCAGCCUAUCUUACCUGAACAAGCCAGUAUGGUGGGUACUACCUCUACUCUAAUCCAUACAGAUCUUUGUAUUGAUGUAGAAGAAAGAGGUUAUCAGCUUGAUGGUACACAUCUUGAGAUGCAUCAAGACCUUUUCGUACUCAUAUUAGAGUCCUUUAUUCAGCAUGUCCAAAUUGCCUCAUCUGAUGUGAUAAAAAGAGUAUCAAGUCGUGUUGCUUGGUGUUUAAAGUCUAUCCUUACCAUUCUGCUUAAUGUAAAUCAACUUGAGAUGUCUGUAUUACGUUCACGUGUACUUCGACUUAUUGUUUUCUUUUUACAUUAUGAUGAAGCUAUUAGUGUCCUUGCAACCUCAACUACAAAUAUUACUCAUCUUGUUUGGGGCCCCACCAUUGACAUGGCUAAACAAGGGCUCAUGACUAUCUCUUCCUGUCUAUCGCCAGCAGCGGAAUUAACAGCUGCACAAUCAGUCACUGUCUAUAAGGCAAAACGAGCAUUUAUAGCCCUUGAAAUGAUCUUGAGGCAUCCUCGUGCCUGUGAGCGUCUCGUCGAUUGUGAUGUCCUCCAACUUGUAAAUAUUUCUUUUAUUCCUCAAGGUCAACUAUUGGAAAAAUCGCGUUCGUUGCUUGUUGUCUAUGCUCUCUUUGGGAAGUUUAUCGCUGCCUUAUCUCGACGUACAGCCUUUGUACGUAACAAGUUGCGAGAUGAAUGUAGCUUAUUUCCUGUAGUGAUGAAAUUGCUUCAUGAAGCAAUCGAGUGUAAAGAAAAUCGUCGUAGAGCAUCAUUACAUUCAGAAAAAGAAAACGACCGGAUUAUGAUGGGUUGGAAUCAUAUUAUAUCGAGUUGUUUGAUGGUAGUAAGUUCGUUUCAAUAUGAUGAAGCAUCUAUGCGUCUAUGGCUCUCAUGGGGAAAUAACGAUGAUACUCCCCCCUCACAAAAGAAACUUUCUAUCCUUCCUUAUGUUCUAGCAGUUUUGUUUCCAUGGAGAUAUAAAGCACCUGAAAAGAUAGCAAGUGAGUUGGAAACGCAUACGUAUUUGAAAUCCGACUAUCAAGUGAUGCUACUAGCAGCACAGGUAUUAGAUCAACUAUCGUCUAUUCCACUUUGUGGUCGACAAAUGAUUAUGGAUAAAUCAUCAUUACCGAAUCUAAGUAAAAUAAUGGUUGCCUUGAAUCCUGUUCAUUUCCAUCAUCCUCCAUCCACAACGACUCCUUUGUUGUCUUCUAAUAAUGAAAUGAUGGAUGAAUCCAUACAACAAGUCUUAUCAGCGAUUCUAAGUAUUGAAGAUGAUGCAAAUAAACCUCCACAACUCCUUUCUUCUACCACGAAUGAGCCAUUUCUUCUAAAGAGGACAAAUAGAGAAGAACUUCAGUUUCAAUUUACAGAUUGUCUGAGACGAAGUGCAAUCCGUCUGUUAAGUUCAAAUGACAAUACGCAAUUCAUUAUCUUGAGUGAUGCCUUUACGUCCUUCUUUGAGCCCAUGCUGAAGCAUCCUAGUCGAGGUACAAGCCAUGAAUACUGGCGUCAUAUCCUUUGUACUGAGCUACAUGACAAAAGGAUGCAAGAUUUUAAGAAACUUUAUAAAUUUACAGCAGCAGAAGAAGAGAAUACAAUUAAACUUCACGAAUUUAGUGCAGUUGCUGUAGGAUAUGCAACUGUAGGUGUCUUAAGUGACGAAGAAUGGAAUCAGACGUUGGGACUAACCGUUUUAGAAAACAGUAUCGUUAGUACCAACCACGUCUUUGCCAUCUUUUGUCAAAUGUUAUUGUAUGAACUUGAAUAUAAGGAAGAUAGUACGAUGAUGAGUGAUGAUAAUUCUUUACUGACUUUAGUCACACCAUUUCGGCGACACGCAGCUGCACAAAUGAUUGAGACGUUAGCAUUCGAAUUUGAAGAUAUUUGGCGUAUAGAAACAGAGACGAUUCAAAAGAAUGCUCAGAUUCAACCCGAUAUACUUGGGCUUGCUGAACCCAAGGAAAUAGUUUCAUUCAUUACAGAUGAUGCGCCGCCUAAUACAUAUAUCUCUGGUAAUCGACAAUUAUUACGAGCGAGAUCUGUGAUCUUUGAGGCACUUUUAAGCACAGAUUAUGCGGAGUCAACAAUGGCAGCGAUUCCGUUACACGAUGUAACCUUUUGUGGUCUAAAACACUUUAUUAGAAUUAUUCACCAAUUAAAUGAGGUAAACAUGAAGGAUGAGAUAGUUCAAGUCUUGGAUCCUUCUAUGACUUGGAAGGAUAUUAUUGAUUUAUUGCACAUAUCAGAUCAAUUUGGAGCAGCAGAUGUCAAACAGUUGUGCGAGUAUUGGAUAUUAGAAAAGGUAAAACAUUUAAACGAUAAUAAGCAAGAAGAACGAGUUGUUUGUCUUGAAGGUAUGAUAGACUUAUAUCGCUUAUGUCGGGAUCCAAUUGAAAAAGAUGGUGGUAUUACUUCAGAUACGUGGCCAUUUGCUACCGUACUAAGAGAAAGUUUAAAAGCAAUCAUUCAAUACAUGACAGAAUCAAGUCAAAUAAGCUCUAUACGAGCUAUUGUUUUAUCUACAGUUUCUUUAACCUCUAGUAUUUAUGGACAUCCUUUAGGUGUAUAUACCCAAAACGAAGCUGAAAAAGUGGAAGUAGAACCAAGUAUUGAUUAUGGUUCAGCAAAGUUUUAUGAAAAAUUAGUUGUUAUUAUGGCCCUUGUCCUUUUAGGUGGUGUAUUUGCAGGUCUUACUUUGGGUUUAAUGGGUUUAGAUGAAACCAAUUUGCAAGUACUUAUUCAAUCUGGUACUGAUACAGAAAAGAAAUAUGCCAAAAAGGUGAUGAAAUUACUCAAUCGUGGCAAGCAUUGGGUCUUGGUUACUUUAUUAUUAUCCAAUGUUAUUGUCAAUGAAACGCUGCCUAUUAUUUUGGAUGAAGUAUUAGGUGGUGGCUGGAAAGCAAUUGUUAUUGCUACUGCAUUAAUUGUUAUUUUUGGAGAAGUUAUUCCACAAUCUAUUUGCGUACGUUAUGGUUUAGCCAUUGGUGCUAGAACUUCUAAAAUGGUUCUUGGAUUGAUGUAUAUUAUGUAUCCUAUUGCUUAUCCUACUGCUUUACUUUUAGACUAUUUCUUGGGCGAAUCACAUGGCACCAUUUAUAAAAAAGCAGGUCUUAAAUCACUUGUUUCACUUCAUCAAUCUGUUAACCCUUCAGACGUGGAUGCACUUACAGAAGAUGAAGUUACUAUUAUUGGUGCUGUUCUUGAUUUAAGAUCAAAGCCAGUAUCACAAAUUAUGACACCUAUUGCUGAUGUAUUUACUCUUUCAACAGAAGAUAUUUUAAAUGAAGAACUGGUAGAUAAGAUCCUUAUAGCCGGCUAUUCACGUAUUCCUGUUCAUUUACCCGGAGAUAACUUAAAUUUUGUUGGUAUGCUUCUUACAAAAAGAUUAAUUACUUAUGAUCCUGAAGAUGCUCUUCCUGUUAAAAAUCUUCAUAUCAGUACUUUACCCGAAACUGGACCUGACACUAGUUGUCUCGAUAUUUUAAACUUUUUCCAAGAAGGCAAAAGCCAUAUGGCUUUGAUUUCGGACGAUCCUGGAUCUCAUGCUGGCGCUUUAGGUGUAAUUACACUUGAAGAUGUUAUUGAGGAACUAAUUGGUGAAGAAAUCAUUGAUGAAACUGAUGUUUAUGUAGAUGUGCAUAAUAAGAUUAGAGUUGUUCGUCGUCAAGUACCUAAUAGAAGGAAUAGUAGAUUAGCUCGUUUAUUAACGGCUCAUAAGCGUCAAAAUCAAAAGAAACCUCCUAGUCGUGAAAAUUCUACUGGCUCUUUGAACAAAAAGAUCAUUGAACCUUCUGUAAAACCCGUUUAUGGUUCAAUUCAAGAAUCUACUACUUUAUCAACCUCACCUGAACACCACGCACCUAAUACACUUUUUAAUAAUAAUGAAAAUCAGCCCCUUUUAAACCACAAAGAUUAAUUGUUUAUAACAAUAAAAAGUAACAGAGUAUAUUCAUAUUUUUUUGCCCAAAAAAAAAAGAAAAA